CUUGCCUCUUUCUUAAUGUGACAUCAUUUCAGAUAUGUAAACAUGGCUCUCGUGUCCUCUUCUGUCCGCCUUCUUUUCUCCAAGCUAAACAUCCCCAUCUCCCUCUGCUGCGUCUCAUUGCAUCUGAUCAUUUUGGUCACCUUCCUCUGGACACAUUCCAGCUUGUCCAUAUCCUUCUUGAAUGGUGUCUUUUUGGCAACCCUAUUGAUCUCCUCCUUCCGCUUCCCACAGGUUGACACUUGAUUCUGCUCUGUGCCUGUGGCUCCUUUCAUUGGACUCCAAGCUUUGUCUCUGAAGAAGCUCCGUGAUGGAGUGUGACCCCACGCCUCCUGCCCGAGCGGUCUGGACCGUGGCCGACUUGCUACGCUUCUCCCCGCCCUGCUCCCCGCCACCGCCUCCCCGCCGCCCGGCCUGGAGCCGCUACCGCCUGUCGGAGAGCAUGAAGGGGCUGCUGGUGGCUCUGGUGGGAGGCGGGGUGCCGGCCGGCUUCGUGGCCCCGUUCACCCGCAUGGCCAACGAAGCUUCAGGGAUCCCUUCCCUGGAGAUCCUCUUAUUCCGCUGCAUCCUGCACCUGCUCUUCUCCUUCUACCUGUGCUGCCGGAAAGCCUCGUGCUUCGCGCCCCCGGAGGCUCGCCUGCGCAGCUUUCUCCACGCCUUCAUCAACGUCAUCUCCAUCGGCUGCGCCUACAGCUCCUUCAUGGUGGUGCCCAGCGGGAACGCCGCCACGGUCCGCAAGGGCUCCUCCACCAUCUUCUCCGUCCUGCUGGCCAUUUGCAUCGGGAACACGAGCCUGACGGGGUACGACUGGUUCGGGCUGGUGGGCAGCACCCUGGGCUUGAUCAUCAUGGUGGUGCCGGACGUGCUGAACCUGGACAAGAGCACGCAGCUCUACGACACCUUCGGCUACAUCUUGGCCUGCCUGGGCGGGAUAGCCUUAGCCUUGGGCCUGGUCAUCUUCCGAGCCCUGGACUUCCCCACCAAGCUGGUGACGGUGGCCUUCCUGUUUGGCGUGGUGGGCAGCCUGCUGUGCUCUCCAGUGAUGUUCCUCCUGCAGGAGCCAGUGAUGCCCGUGGACUUGCUGACCUGGAUUUACGUCGGGUCCAUCACCAUUCUGGCCUUGGUCUCCUUCUUGUGCGCCAGCUACGCGGUGACCAAAGCCCACCCGGCUCUGGUCUGCGCCGUGUUGCACUCCGAGGUGGUGGUCACCCUGGCCGUCCAGUACUACGUCCUGCGCGAGGCUGUCACGCCCUUCGACAUCAUGGGGGCCGGGGUCAUCCUGGGCAGCAUUGCGAUCAUCACAGCCCAGAACAUCAGCUGCGACACAACAGAGGAGGAGGAUGGGUCCAUCCUGCACGUGAAGGGGACUGAAUAACGGAGGAAGGCUGCACAGGCGGUCGGAGCACAAUCUUGACAAGGAGUGCCCCACGAAAUGGGGUAUGUCCAGAACUGCCAUCUACAGAACAGCAUUGGAGCUGUUAAGGUCCUUCAUCCCAUGGUCAUAUUUGGGGCUGGGAAGCAGUAGAGACUUUUAGCCAACUUGAAGAUGGUAGGAAACAUCUGAGAGCUGAAUGAUACACUGAAUUUCCAAAUCAAUCCCUCAAUGUUGGGAUUAAAAUGGCACCAGAUCUCAGAUAUUUACUUAGCAUAGCUGUGGCCACAUCUGCUUCCUCUGUGGAUCAUGGACAUGGAAAAGAUGGAGAACUCCCUAGGCAUCAGUCUCAAGGCCCACAUUCUGAGCAGAAGGCUGGCAUUUUCCCAAAGGAGAGAACCCUUCCAAACAUUUGCAAAAAUCACCUGGAAACUUGCACUAUUUAACUGAUCCACCUUGGUGGAAUCUCCUUCAUGGCGGGGGAAGUUCUUCUUCUUAUGAGCCACAGAGGAAAAGAGACAGAACCACAGUGUUGCUUCCUCAUUGAAGGUAGCAGCAUUUAUGACACUGAAGGUCAAGAUGGACGGAGCGAAGGGCAUCUCCAGCAAAAGUGGCCCAAGUUUUAAGGUCAAGAUCUAGCCGGUCAAGAUCCGAGGAGGAGGCAGCCACUGGAAAAACUCCGAGGUGGCUCAAGGGGAAAGCACUCAAAUGCAACCAAGUGAAGACCACCACAUUCUCCCCGUUCUAUUUCUCUUUUUCAAAAAAAGUUCUCAGAUGAAAGACAGUUUCUAUAGAUUUGGACAAAAGCUGUAACCCUAGGCAUGGAAUUUUCUCCAAAUCAAGUGAGGAGCAAGGCCACUUUUAGAAGCCAAACCUUAAGGAGACUUCUGUAAAUGUAAUUUGUUGCUUUGUGUGUCAAAAGAGCUGAACAAAAAUACAUAUAACUGGCAUUUUUGUUCUCGCAAGUUUUCUCUCCAAUGAUUUAUAAUAAAGAUUACGACUUUUAAAAAAAGCCAAGAUGGACUUGAAAGGGCUGAAUGCAUGCUCAGUCAGAGCCAAGAUUGUGGGAAACGUAGUCCAACAAAGGCGCAGUCCCAAGCUCUGGCGUCAUAACAGGCAACAACAUCCAAACAUCUGAACUUUCAGAGACAGAGGAUAAGAGAGAGAGGCUGUUUUGCUCCCUGCUGUAUCCCCAGGACAAGGCUCUCGUUUGUGGAAUUAGCUGACCACUGGGCCGCUUAGUCACAUGGCUGACCAGUUCUAGGAAGGAAGCCUGAAGAAAGACUUAGAUCCCUUAAAAGGGAAAGCAAUGGGACUUGGAGGGAGGAAGCGUAUUGGUGGCAAGAACUGGAGUACAGGGAGGAAGCUAGGCAAAACAGGACUAAAUCUAGAACCAAGACUAUACUGUAUAUAAAGUAUUUCUAAUUGCUGUU